AUGCAGACCCACAUUGCUUUGCAGAACAAUGCGCUUGCUGUGCAAGACAGUCAAAGUCAAUGCCGGUCAACAAGCCUCGAUCUUCGAUCCUCCGUACACAGAUAUCAUACACAUUCAUGCAGACGUUUGAUCGAAGCUCACACAUAUUGAAAAAUGACGAGCACAGUGCGGCACUCGAGGAGGGAUCUAGGGGGAUUCGGAUAGACAGGGAGGUUCAGACUGAUGUGAGCGUGCAGAUACGGUGUGCUGGAUGGAUCGAAUAACAGUCAAUCGAAUCUGCACGCUAUAUUCAGACAGAGUCAGUCGAUCACACUCAAGGCACAUUCACGAUUCACUCUCAUCAUUCAAUGUCCAUGUCAUUCUCGCCCUGCACCGCGCUCGACAACUCUCGGCGAACCUCAGGAGUGAUCUGACAGACAACAGGCAUCGUGCAACACUCCAACGACGACACUUUCAAUGAUGUCAUCUUCACUCGCCGGACCUGAUAGUGUGUGUGUGCCCGCAUCACUUGCUUGAGCUUCUCACGGUGGUGGUCCUCCAACUCACCUGUCGCACACAGAGCCAACACUUCCACACACACACACACACACUCUCACACAGUUUGGCUUCUCCCAUGUUUGUCGUAGCUCACAUUUGUAUCUCUGCGCGAAGACGAGAAGCGAUCUGUGCCACAGCACGGGGAGGGUGCGAGUGUCGCCGACGAAGGAAUGGAAGUGGUCCACCACCUCAUCCAGCGCCUUGUAGGGCAGGGCGUACUUCUUGUUGAGCAGCACCGUGAUGAAAUAGCUCGUCGUGCCGUACCUGACACAACACGCACACACACGCAAAAAAGCCAUCCAUCAGUCCCUAUGCGUCAAAUGAACUGCCUACCAUGGCCUCAUGCGGCACAAGAGUGUGAGGGCAGCGGCAGAGUGGAUGACGGGCAUCGUCACCUUGGCCAAAAUGCUCCCAACUAUCACCGCCUCGCGAAGUGUGCAGUUCUACACCACCGAGUAAACAGACAUAAAGGAUGGUGUGACUGGGUGGCCGGCGCCUGUGCCACUUGCUUUGCCGGCGCUUGUGCUUACGUCCUGUGCGAGCGGCAACAAGAUGCCCUUGAACCACGCUGCUGGCUUGAACACAGCCUGCACAACACACAGACACACAGCAAGCCAGGAAUGCGACGAGAUUCGCUUAUCCCCUUCCCUCUCUGGUACAUUUGGCAUUUGUGACCUUUUUGAGCGCCUCGUAGUAGUGGAAGUUGAGUCGCCUGUUGGCCUGUAUGUCCUCCCUGACGGCCGGCAGCAGCACCAGGUUGUAGAAGCGCUGGGCCAUGGCCGGCGUCAUGUUGGAGGCGAAGAUCUUGGUGGCGGCGAACAUGGCGCUGGGCGACCAGUUGACGGGGUCCGUCAGGUAGAUGAACUCCUCCCACGCCUUGAGACGAGGUAUCACCUUGAACGCCUUCGGAAGCUUCCCAGACUUGUACUGGCUCAUCCACUUGCCGAUCGCCGUGUAGACCUCCACGGCCUUGGGCGGGAUGCCAGAGGGGGUCUCCAUCAACGCAGCCGCAUUCAUCAUCGUCCCUUCCGGCGGUGCCGGCCUGUCUUUGUUGGCAGCCGGAUCGUCGACAGCAUGGCCGAAUCGCUCGAUCUCCUUCUCCCUGAUCUUCUGCAAGAUGAGCUCUGCUAGGGUGCGUGGCUCAGUGUCGGUGUCAUCGCGUCCAGGUGCGGGGAGGAACACCUGCAUGGCCCGCUCCUCCUCCUCGGUGACGGCAUCGCCCAUCACGUAGCCGUCCGCAUCGCGGGCCACCGAUGCCGUGUCGUCGAACCUGACCUCACUGGCUCCUUUGAUGCGUGGCUGCUGCUUCUCCCUCUCCUUCUGCUUGAGCUUCUGCAGCGUCUGCUCCAGCCGCCGCACCCGCGCCCUCUUGCCUUUGGACAGGCUCUCCCUGUCGACGCCAGCUGAUGCAGCAGCAGCAGCAGCGGGGGCGUCUUCCUCUUGGUCGCCCGCAUCCGCCAUGUCCGCCUCGUCGUCGUCCUCAUCGACCCAUUCAUCCUCCCCAUCUUGCUCGUCCUCGUCGUCCUUCUGCUCACGGGCUAUCUUGAGGAGCUUGUCCGACAGCUUGACGGGCACAUCUUCCUCCUGCUCAGGCGCCUGUCGCUGGUGCCUCUUGCUGGCCUUGUCGCGGGGCUGGACGCGCAGAUGGCGGGUGGACUCGUCCUGGAGAAGGUCCGAGUGGAGGGGAUUGUGACGCAGGGACGCAUUCACGCGCUUCUUGUUCUCUGCCUUCGGCCUGACACGCAAGCACGGAAAACCAUCAAAAUCAUGAGUUUCUUCAUGCGGAUCCUCCCUCUACAUCUGUUCCACCUGCUGUGCUUACAUUGUCAGAGCAGUUCG